CGGGUGUUGGGCACCUGAAUUGCUCCCACUGAAGUCACAGGAUUACUUGAGUCACUAGAGCUAAGUAUAUGGGAGCUAAAACUCUUCCAACCUGUACUCUGUCCUGCUCGCCUUGGAAGUGGGAGCUUUUUCUCUUUUCCAGGGCUUCUCCGCUCCGCAAUCUCGCUUCCGGCGCAGCCAUUUUGUUCUUUGGCUUGUCGGGGUUGGAGUUGGGUCGCAGCAGUUGGUGACAGCGGCUCCUCAGUGAUUGUAGCGACACGCUUGCGCCUGCCAUGUCGGACUUCGACAACAAUCCAUUUGCUGACCCGGACCUCAAUAAUCCCUUCAAGGAUCCUUCUGUUACACAAGUGACAAGAAAUGUUCCACCAGGACUAGAUGAGUACAAUCCUUUCUCCAAUUCAAGAACACCUCCUCCAGGAAAUGUGAGAAUGACUCAUGUAUCCAGUGCCCAACCAGCAAUAAUGAAAGCAACAGAAGAAUCACCUGCUUACACACAACUUUCAAAGGAACAUGCCUUGGCCCACACAGAACUGCUAAAACGUCAAGAAGAACUGGAAAGAAAAGCAGCUGAAUUAGAUCGCAAAGAAAGGGAAAUGCAGAGUGUCAAUCAGCAGGAGGGUAGAAAAAAUAACUGGCCACCUCUUCCUGAUAAUUUUCCAGUAGGUCCAUGUUUCUACCAAGACUUUUCUGUAGACAUUCCAGUAGAAUUCCAGAAGACAGUAAAGAUUAUGUACUAUUUGUGGAUGUUCCAUACAGUGACACUGUUUCUUAAUAUCUUUGGAUGUUUGGCCUGGUUUUACAUUGAUCCUACAAGAGGGGUUGAUUUUGGAUUGAGUAUUCUCUGGUUCUUGCUUUUUACCCCUUGUUCCUUUGUCUGCUGGUACAGACCACUUUAUGGAGCUUUCAGGAGUGACAGUUCAUUCAGAUUCUUUGUGUUCUUCUUUGUAUAUAUCUGUCAAUUUGCCAUACAUGUACUUCAAGCUGCAGGAUUUCAAAGAUGGGGAAACUGUGGGUGGAUUUCAUCUCUUACUAGUCUUAAUAAGAGUAUCCCUGUUGGCAUUAUGAUGACAAUCAUAGCUGCACUUUUCACAACAUCUGCUGUUAUUUCAUUAGUUAUGUUUAAAAAGGUGCACAGUCUUUACCGCACUACUGGCGCUAGUUUUGAGAAAGCGCAGCAGGAGUUUUCAACAGGAGUGAUGUCCAACAAAACUGUACAAAGUGCUGCAACCAACGCCGCAUCAACAGCAGCAACCAGUGCAGCUCAGAAUGUGUUCAAGGGUAACUAAUUGUAGAGAAAUAUAAUAAAUCAUGACAGUUCUCUUCCUCUGUACUUUAUUUUCCAGUCACUUAUUAUAUUCCCUAAAAGCAUUUAUCAGGAUACACACAGAAUACUUGUUUAUUCUGCAGCAGUGCAUAGGUAAAAUGGGAAAUGUUUGUUAUUUUAUAAUAAAUUUAUUUUUGAAAGAUAACCAUUCUCUGUGCUUAUUUAAAAUGUGGCAUUUUGGAAUAAUAAGAUUUCCCUAUUUAGGGAGGAUAAGCAAUUUCAAAAAUUGACUUGGGAAUGAAUUGUGGUAUAUAAUGAUCAAAUAAAUAUAUUAUGAAUUUGGAAGUUUUUUUGGGGGUUCGCCUUGGUAUUUAUUUUUAACUUCAGGAAAGGACUUUGACUCAAUUUUUUUUCUUUGUAAGAAAUGUUUUUCCUACUUCUGCUAUAAAUGGGGUAGA